ACGAGUCGCAGCUCAGGACGUCGUGAAGUAGUUACGCCAUUGGAGUCCCUUUCUGACCUCGCUUUCCUGCAUAACCACGCUAUUUUUCGACGACCCAUUUGCUUAAACCGUGUUAAUCACACGUUUGUUUUUUGUCUACUGGCCAUUGCCCAAUAGCUGCUCUCCAGAUUUCGAUUAGCUUUUCGUCACUGUAGCUAUCGGCACAUCUGGAGCAACAAUGGCGGAUCUCAAUCCCCGGACCGAGAUUUCGUUCCUCGAGACCUUCGUUUGCAGCGCGUUCGCCGCUUGUUUUGCUGAGCUCUGUACCGUACCUUUGGACACCAUCAAGGUGAGACUUCAACUCCAAAGAAAAAUCGCCACAGGAGAUGGCACGAUUUUGGCAAAGUACAAGGGUUCAUAUGGUACUCUGACGACAAUCGUGAGGGAAGAAGGUCUUCCCGCUCUCUGGAGAGGCAUGAUUGCAGGGUUGCAUCGCCAAUGCAUUUAUGGUGGCCUAAGGAUCGGGUUAUAUGAGCCCGUCAAGACGUUUCUGGUUGGAAGUGAUUUUGUCGGAGACAUUCCAUUACAUCAAAAGAUUCUAGCAGCUUUGUUAACGGGGGCUAUUGCCAUCAUAGUAGCUAAUCCAACUGAUCUCGUUAAAGUUCGCCUUCAAGCUGAGGGUAAAUUGCCAGCUGGGGUGCCUAGGCGUUAUGCCGGGGCCGUCGAUGCUUAUGUCACUAUAGUGAGGCAGGAAGGACUUGGUGCACUAUGGACCGGGCUUGGCCCCAAUAUAGCGCGCAAUGCUAUCAUAAACGCUGCUGAGCUAGCCAGUUACGAUCAAAUAAAGCAGACAAUUAUGAAAAUUCCAGGCUUCACAGACAGUAUUCUAACUCAUCUACUAGCUGGUCUGGCUGCAGGCUUUUUUGCUGUCUGUAUUGGUUCACCCAUUGAUGUGGUGAAAUCUAGAAUGAUGGGGGAUUCUACCUACAGAAACACGGGCGAUUGUUUCGUCAAGACUUUAAAGAACGAGGGAUUUCUGGCCUUCUACAAAGGGUUUCUCCCAAAUUUCACCAGACUUGGGACGUGGAACGUCAUCAUGUUCCUCACUCUCGAACAAGUGAAAAGGGUGUUUGUAAGGGACGUGUUCUACGACUGAGUCUCACUCAGUCGUCCGCGUACAGCUAUAGCUCUACCCCCCAUGUAUUUGUUUAGGUACAUGUACACUUCACCAAUUACCCUUCCAUUUGUUUUCCUUGAGUUGUUAUUCUUUGGAACUUCAUCCUCAUGAACAACGUGAUCGAGCUAGGUAUUCGUUUAGAUGUGGCCUUUUUUUGGCUUUUUCUUCUC